AUGUCAAAAGCCUUUAACUCUGUAUUUGUAUCUGCAAGAGCCAAGCCCAUUGUGACUAUGCUUGAAGAGAUUAUAGUGUACCUGAUGCAAAGGUGGGAGCUUAACAGACAAAAUAUUUCCAAAUAUGCUGAUGCCAUUAUAUUAAAUAUCAAAAAGAAGUUGGAAAAAGAAUUGCAAAGAACUAACAGUUGGAUUGUUAGGCGUGCCGGUGAAGUAGACUAUAAGGUUAGUCAUAUAUCACUCAUAGAAGAAAAGUUUGUUGUUAAUCUAUCAAAGCAUGAGUGUUCAUGUAGAAGGUGGGUGCUGAUUGGGAUACCGUGUUGUCGUGCCCUUUCAUAUAUGAAGGAUCAACAUUUAAAAGUAGAUGAUUUGUCUCUGAUUAUUACAAAAAGCAGUGUUAUGAGGCUUGUUAUGUACCAAUGA